UGACAUUUGGUUUCAUCCAGUGCUGUAACAAAUGAAUGGUUUGUUAUUUUAAGACAUAUUAGCGCCCAUCAAAAGGGAGUGUGUGUCAGACAGACUAUUACCCGGUCGAUAAUGUCUUUGCACUUCGAGAUGUCUGUCCAAUGGAUGUCCACCGAGUCUGACGUAGACUCCACUCCAACGCUACUGAAGCGACCGCUGGAUGAGGAGAUAAAUGACGGGCCGAUCCGGAAGUGUCUAAAACUGGGCGAUCAAUGUUUGGACAAUGACUUCGACACUACAUGUAUUGAUAGGCAAACAAUUUUGGCAAACAUUAGCCACACUUUGAGACAAUUUGUUUGCGUCAGACGGGAAGCGCUCGAGUUUUCAUUUAUACCAUCACUCGAUGACAUACUAAUCAGACAUUUAAACACCAAUACGCUAUCACUAGUAACUGCUGAGAUACCGGCGCCCAAUAACUAUCGCCAAACAAUCGUCAAUUGGAUGUCCAUUCAUAGGAUCAAAUGGGCUCAAGAGUUAGCACUCGUGGACACAAUGGCCGGUCGACUCGCGUUCAUCGACUGUUUGGCCAAACUGUCGAAGAAUGUGUUCGAUGUCUGCGAUUCAAUCGCUUCCAAUCGCGCGACACACCCAGCGCUGAAACAACUCAAACAAAACAGACAAUUAGUGACAGUCACUGAUAAUGAAGAUUUUGUGGACAAACUUAUGCGCGAAUUUGACUCACUUUUAAUGAAUUGGUACGAAUGGACACAAUCUGUACACCAUCUCAUU